UAUACUACUGUACUGUACUUAUAGUUUUAAAUUGUGUCAUAAGCCCGAGCUACCUACAAUGCUAACAAAAAUGAUAUAUGUAUAUUGUAAAUUAUAUGGGAUAUUUUCCAACGUCAAUUUUAACAUGACAAAUAGUAUGGCUGAAAGCUCUUGGCGGAAGUAGAUGCUGUGUCAAAGGUUGAGCACGUUGUUUGAUUUCACCGCCACACGGUGUUUUGAAUGAAUGACGAUUUAACCAAACUAGAAAUUAAGUGUCUACUGUAUUCACACUUGUUGCUAUAACCGAGUGUAUGUGAAGCUUGGCUGUGUACAAAACAGAGGAACGUAGUACACCAACGUCAAAGAGAAACAGGGAAACAAAUGGCUGGAAUUCUUUUUGAGGAUAUCUUCGACGUAAAAGACAUUGAUCCAGAUGGAAAGAAGUUUGACAGAGUGUCUCGUCUGCAUUGUGAAAGUGAAUCUUUUAAGAUGGACCUAAUCUUGGAUGUGAACAUUCAAAUCUAUCCAGUAGAGCUGGGUGACAAAUUCCGACUGGUAAUAGCCAGCACAUUAUAUGAAGAUGGAACGCCAGAUGAUGGGGAGUACAAUCCUCAAGAUGAUAGACCGUCUCGAUCGGACCAAUUUGAUUAUGUGAUGUAUGGGAAGGUUUAUAAGAUUGAAGGUGAUGAGACUUCUACAGAAGCGGCAACACGGCUCUCUGCCUAUGUCUCUUACGGUGGCCUCCUCAUGAGGCUCCAGGGAGAUGCGAACAACCUUCACGGCUUCGAAGUGGACUCAAGGGUCUACCUCCUCAUGAAGAAACUGGCCUUCUAAAACUCAGCUCGCCCCUCUUUUCCUCACUGUUCCCUCUGUCAGAAUUUUCAUAAACAAUACUGAACAGAAUACAUUUAAAGGAAACUGAAGUUACAUAGAACCAGUGUUUCCAUGUUAUAUUUGUAGAUUUAAGAGAACAAAAACAAACCGUUCCUCUUGAGAAAUAGACGAGCAGUUAGACUGUUACACGUCAACUGCUACAACCUCCAUUUCCUACUCUGUAAAUAAAUUUAUUUUUAAAUAUA